AUGGAUCCGGAGCUUCUUCCACGUGUCCAGUUGCUGCCGGAGGAAGAGGAGCAACAGGAUCGACGGAGCGACAGACACAGCUUUUAUGGAUUGCUCUUGACGCUGCUUGCUCUGGGUCUCUGCACCCUGACUGGAGUCGCCCUCCAGAGCGGUUGGUCUCCCGGCUCGCUCCGCCUCGUCGACGAAAUCCUGACGGAAUCCAAGCCUCUCUGGCAGGCUCGGUUACUGUCCAGCUGGCAGGCUGGUGUGGGAGGUUCGGCAGUGGAUGGUCCGGCAGCAGCAGCAUCAGCAGCAGAAGCAGAAGCUGCAAAAGAAGCAGCAGCUCCUGGUGCAGUGGUGGAGGCAGAUCACGCAGCAGUAGCUUCAGAGGACCCCCGCUGCUCCGAGAUCGGGAAGAAGAUUCUGAAAUCUGGCGGGAAUGCGGUGGAUGCAGGCAUCGCUACAGUGCUGUGCAUGGGCGUGGUGAACCCCAUGGCGAGCGGCCUCGGCGGGGGUGCGUUUAUUCUCAUUCGAUCAGCCAAUGGUUCCGCAGAGUUCAUUGACUGCCGAGAGACAGCCCCUGCUGCUGCCCAUCAGGACAUGUUUGAGGGGCACGAGGAGGAUAUUCGAAAGGGAGGACUCUCAGUGGGAGUACCCGGGGAGAUCGCAGGGCUUUACCUGGCGUGGCAGCGCCACGGCAGGCUGACGUGGCGCGACCUCGUCACGCCAGCCGCUGACAUGGCAGAGAAUGGCUUCCACGUGGCAGCUUACCUGGCAAACUCCCUCGCUGCCAGCAACGCCACCAUCCUCUCAGACCCGGGUCUGAGCGCUGUUUUCGCCCCGGGAGGGAAGCUUCUGAGGAAAGGAGACACCUGCUACCGUCCCACCCUAGCAGCCACUCUUAAAGCCAUAGCAGAACAGGGUCCAGAUGCUUUGCACCGAGGGGAGCGGGCGAGGGCACUAGUCCAAGAAAUCCAGGCGAUGGGAGGGAUACUAACCGAACAGGACUUGGAAAAUUUCCAGGCGGAACUGAGGGAGGUGCUUCUGGGGAAGGCGUUUGGUUUGGAAUUCCUGAUGGCGCCACCGCCAUCCUCAGGGGGAGCGGUGAUUCUGCAUGUGCUGAAGAUUCUCCAGGGGUAUGAGCUUCCGUUGGCGUCAGCAGGAGUGUUGGGAUUGCAUCGCGUGGUGGAGAGCUUGAAGCAUGCGUUCGCCAUGCGCAUGCACCUGGGGGACCCUGCUUUUGUCAACGUCACCGAUGUUAUUCGAGACAUGCUGUCAGACGAGUUUGCUGCCCGGCUCCGAUCCGCCAUCCACGACAACAUGACCUUCCCGCCCGACCACUACGGCCACCCCGAGGACGAGUCAGAAGAGGACAAAAAGCGCCACCCGCACCGCCACCAACUAUACGCACAGCUAGACGACCACGGCACAUCACACACAUGUGUGGUGGAUCAGGAUAGAAUGGCUGUUUCUAUCACAUCUACAAUUAACGGGCCAUGGGGAGCUGGCAGGAUGGCGGUCCAAUCAGGAAUUGACGGGCAGCUGAAAGCUGUGGUUGGUGGGGCAGGAGGGCCUUUGAUUAUUUCGGCUGUUCUGCAAGUGAUCCUGCAUUUCUUUUGCCGGGGUUAUUCACCCUUCAAGGCCAUCGAUGCCCCUCGCAUCCACCACCAGUUGCUGCCGAACACAUUGUUCUACGAGGCAGGUCAUGCUCUAGAUGACGGCGAGCGCAUCUCAGUCCCCAAUGCAACCCUUGCUGCUCUGGCCCGUCGCAACCACACCACCUUCCCCAUUCAAUUCGGGGGCUUUGUUCAGCUCAUCGUGCAAGACCUUGAUGGCCCCAGCAGUGCUGCUAACCGUGCUGCACUGCAAACGUUAGACUCUGCUGCAGCAGUGCCGUCUCCUGUAACAGUGCCAUCUCGUGGGGCCAGCAGGAAACUCAUUGCAGAGCAGGAAGCAGCCAGGCUUGCAAUUGUUGAGCCAAACUUCCCGCCUCUGCUAUUUGGGCGGCUCACUGCAGUGAGCGACCCGCGCAAGGAUGGUGGUCCUGCUGGGUACUGA